AUGUCACCUCCACUAGUGAUCAAGAAUGGAACAGUGGUUAACGAAGAUGGAAUGUUCAAGGCGGAUGUUCUUGUGAAGAAUGGCGUUAUUGUCGAAGUCUCCCCUAACAUAAUCCCACUUCCGGAUAUGGAACUAAUCGAUGCAUCGGAUCGUCUAGUUAUCCCCGGCGGUAUCGAUCCACACACCCACAUGCAAAUGCCCUAUAUGGGGGAAGUGACGAAGGACGAUUUUCUGAAAGGGACAGAGGCAGCGGUGGCUGGAGGGACAACUAUGAUUAUCGAUUUCUGUUGUCCGGACCAUCGAAAUGGUGAAUCCCUUAUGUCUGGUUACAACCGGUGGAGAGGUUGGGCAGACCCAAAAGUGUGUUGUGACUACGGACUGUCCGUUGCGAUAACUCAAUGGAGAUCAGAGACCGCAGAGCAGAUGGCGUUGAUAACUAGUCCAGAGUACGGCGUUAACUCGUUCAAAUUCUACAUGGCCUAUGAGGGUACCCUUAUGGUGCGUGACGAUGAGAUGUACCGGGCUAUGCAGGAAUGUGCUAAACUUCGAGCUCUGGCGCGUGUUCACUGUGAGAACGGAGCUGUGAUCAAGGAGAAGGAAAUCGAUUUACUGGCGAAGGGAGUCACCGGACCCGAGGGACAUACACAGAGCAGACCGGAGGAGAUUGAAGCAGAAGCCACCAAUCGUGCCUGCGUGCUCGCCGCUCAAGCCAACUGUCCCCUCUACGUAGUGCACGUAAUGACGAAAGGAGCAGCCGCCGCCAUCUCCCAUCACCGUGCUCAGGGCUCAAUUGUCUUUGGGGAGCCAAUCGCAGCGGGUUUGGCUCUAGAUGGGUCUCACUACUAUGACGAUGACUGGCUCCAUGCGGCGAGAUACGUCAUGUCACCACCGUUGAGCAGGGAUCCAACCACACCGGAACUAUUGAUGAAGUUAUUGGCAGCCGGAGAACUCCAUUUGACUGGAACCGACAAUUGCACCUAUGACUGCAGGCAGAAGAGUCUUGGAAAAGGAAACUUCACCAAAAUCCCCAACGGAAUCAACGGAGUGGAAGACCGUAUGUCAGUUGUCUGGGAGAAGGGUGUUCAUUCCGGAAUUAUUGAUCCAAUGAGAUAUGUGUCAAUCACAAGUGCGACAGCAGCGAAAAUCUUCAAUAUCUAUCCAAAGAAGGGACGGAUCGCAGUGGGAUCCGAUGCGGAUAUUGUGAUUUUUAAUCCAAAUGCUAUAAGGACAAUUUCAGCGGAUACACAUCAUCAUAAUCUCGACUUUAACAUUUUCGAAGGAAUCCAAUGUCAUGGGGUGGCCGAGAUCACUAUUUCAAGUCAGGGCAUCUGUAUCCAUCAAGAAAACAAUCUUGUUCUUCAACUUCUUAAGGAACUCCGAUGUAAUCCAAGUGCCAUUUCUGAUCUUGAGCCAAUCGAUAUCAAAGAUCUUCUUAUUGUCAGUGAUCAGAGAGGCCGCAUUGUCUGGGCAAAUGGUAAACUGCAAACCGUACCAGGAUCCGGAAAAUUCGUGCCACUCCUCUCGAAUUCUCCAUUUGUAUUCGGAACACAAGAGAUCCGAGAACGAAAGAAUGUGCCAAGGAUAGUGGAGAGGCUGGAUUGA